GUGACGAUGAUAUCCUCCCCCCCCCUCCCACACACACUCUCUCUCUCUCUCUCUCACACACACAGAUAGAGAGAGGAGAGGCAGCAAACAAGACGCUAUCAUGACGCGGUGGCUUCAGGCUGGAAAACACUCUGGGAAACAUGGACACAAUGGAGUCUGUCCUCAGCUUGAACCCUCUGAAUUAAAUUAAAACGAAAGUUCCUCACUUUGCCCGAAUCAGACAAAGAGGACUGGACUGCUGCUUUUACACCACCAUUCUCCCUUUUUUGGUGUGCACAUUACUCUUGGAAUUGACAACACAUGGAAGCAGAAGGGAGAUAUAUGCGCAUUUGGAUCCUUGGACGUCUUUUCCCCCCAACAGGGAUGUAAUGGAACAACAAACGCCAAGUUUAAUUGGCCACAGGCUCAAAUAAAUCACAUUAAUUGCUCUUCUUAGCGGGAGACACGAGAUAAGUGAAUGAUUGCAAAUUAAUGAAGGACAAGACUUACCUGUGAAUUUUGGGGAGCUAAACCAUGGGAAGCUUCUCUCGAGAGCCAAAAUGUGCCAAGAGUUCGUAAGGAGUUCAUUUGAAUGUUUGUUUUUUUCUUCUUGAAUGUACAAUGGAGUAAACAGAGAGCAAGUUUGCAAAAGAACAAAAUAUAGUCAAAGACUGUAGGAGUCCUGGUCUCCCGGCAUAAAGCCCCUUCCCCUGGCUGCAGUGUGGAGUAAGGGGCGUGUUCGGAGGUUCACCCCCACCAGGCUGCCACUCGUAGAUGGAGGCCCACCAACACUCCCCAGAUAGCAGCAGUGAGGAGUGCACCGUCCUGGAGGCGCCGCCCGGCAAAAACACCUGCCCGCAACAUGCAGGGAAGGUGGCUGAUCUGUACUGUUCAGCUUGCGGGUGUGCUUUGUGUGAAGACUGUAUGUCGGAGCAUGAGGAGCACCCUAAGGUGCCGCUAAGCCAGGCCCUGGAGCAGCACCGCAACGGCCUGCAGGAGAGGGUGGUGGCAGUCCAGAACAGACUCCCUCAAAUUUCAGAUGCGCUGUCCUUCGUCAAGGAGAUCCUUCAGCAGCUGACCAGUCAGAGAGCUUCCAUCGAAGAGGACAUCCAGUCGAGCUUCGAAGACUUGCACAAGCAGCUGGAUGUUCGGAAGAGUGUUCUACUGAUGGAGCUGGAAGUUACAUAUGGGCUCAAACAGAAGGUCCUCCAGGCCCAGGUGGACAGCCUUGUCCGGGGAGAGGGGGACAUAACAGCAACCUGUACCCAGGCUGAGGAGGCUCUAGCUGGGGAGGCGUGUGUGGCGAGUCUGCAGGUGGAACGAGACCUGGGAGAGAAGCUGCAGGAGCUGACUGGAAUUGGUUUGCCGUGCCAACCGGAGGAAAACGACCAGCUGGAUCUGGUGAUGGAGACGGACGGUCUGAGGAAGUCCAUACACAACCUGGGCACCAUUGUCACAACCAGCGCGGUGGCAAGCCAGAGCGAAGCCAUGGGCAUUGGCCUGGAACAGUGCAUUGUGGGAUAUCCUGCCUCGGUUACCAUUGUAACAAGAGACAAGUCAGGGGGAGCCUGUAAGAGUGGCAAUGCGAUCCUGUCAGCUGAGGUAUUCACCCCAGAUGGCAGCAUUGUUGAUGGUGAAAUAUUGGACCACAAGAACGGGACGUAUGAGUUUGUGUACACAGUGCCAAAGGAGGGCGACUUUUCACUGGCACUUCGUUUGUACGACCAGCACAUCAAGGGAAGUCCCUUCAAACUGACCGUCACCAGGGCCAUAGAGGCAGAAGUAGAGGUAUCUCCCUCCACGACAACAGCAACCAACUCAGCAGCCAAUGCCACCCCUUCCACAGGCUCCUCCGAGGGGGCAAAGAGACGAGGGAAGUCCCCCGGCCAGAAAAAGAAAGGCUCCAAGAGGGCCAGCAGUGCCCUGGGCACCCCUCGACGCAAAACUCAGAACCCCAUCGAAGAUGACCUCAUCUUCAGGAUCGGAACAAAGGGGAGGAAUAAAGGAGAGUUCACCAAUCUUCAAGGAGUUGCUGCCUCCUCCAAUGGCAAAAUACUGAUUGCUGACAGCAACAAUCAGUGUGUCCAGAUAUUCUCCAAUGAGGGAGAGUUCAAAAGUCGCUUUGGUGUGCGGGGACGGUCGCCCGGGCAACUGCAGCGCCCCACGGGUGUCGCCGUGCACCCCAGUGGCGACAUCAUCAUCGCCGACUAUGACAACAAGUGGGUCAGCAUCUUCUCCUCCGAGGGCAAGUUUAAGGCAAAGCUUGGCUCUGGCAGACUUAUGGGGCCGAAGGGCGUCUCAGUGGACCAAAACGGCCAUGUGAUCGUGGUGGACAACAAGGCGUGUACCGUCUUCAUCUUCCAGCUGACUGGCAAGCUCAUCACCAAGUUUGGCAGUAGAGGCAACGGUGAUAAGCAGUUUGCAGGUCCACACUUUGCAGCAGUGAACAAGAACAAUGAAAUCAUUGUAACUGACUUCCAUAACCACUCUGUCAAGGUUUUCACGCCUGAGGGAGAGCUGGUGUUGAAGUUUGGCUCAAAUGGCGAAGGAAACGGCCAGUUCAACGCCCCCACAGGUGUAGCUGUGGACAUCAAUGGGAACAUCAUUGUUGCUGACUGGGGCAACAGUAGAAUCCAGGUGUUUGAUGGAAGCGGCUCUUUCCUGUCCUACAUCAACACGUCUGCCGACCCUCUGUACGGACCCCAAGGCCUGGCUCUGACCUCAGACGGACAUGUAGUGGUGGCUGACUCUGGCAACCACUGCUUCAAAGUCUACCGCUACCUACAAUGACAGACGCUGGGAUGUGACGGCGGAGGCAGGAGAUCGGUGGACAGAGGGAACGGUUGAUGAAGUGGGGUUGUGACACCAUGCAUGACUUCAAAUGUUAGAGAUUGCUGCACGAACCUCUACUGCUGCCUGUAUCAAUGGAAGGAAUUAUAGAUAGAAAGGAAACAAAAGCCAAGAAGAAGGAUUAGCUGAGUUGCCAUCAUUACAUUACUAGAAUCACAAUGGUAAUGUCAGAAAUCUUGAGUCACGCGUGAGAAAUUUUACAGAAUGGGAUGCAGGACUGAUGCAAGUUAUGCAACGAUGGAUUGAUGAUGUUGAAUUACUCUUUCUGUCAGUUUGGCAUAGAAGAAACAACAGAGGAUUGGAUGAAAAAGGAUUUGACGAAAAAUAGGACAAGGGUAUGAUGGAAGUGAUUGACUAAGGGAUGGAAGAACUAUCAGAGGCAUGAAUACAUUAAAAACCAAGAGACAAUUUGAGGUGAAUGAUUGGAGGAAUGUUUUCCAAUGCUCUGCCUUCUUGAAUUGUAUGGAAAAGACAAAAUAAUGGUCAAUGAGCUAAAAGAUAUCUAUGUCUACAACACCAGUAGUUAUUCUGUUUCCUUACAGCAGACUACCCUCACGGGUUCAGUGCCACACUAAAAUUUGGAACCUAGCAAUUCACGAGCAUAGCAGUUACUGUUAAACUAGUACAAAAGUAGAUGCAGUUGUGCAGCAAAGUGUAAAACUUUAAAUAUAAAGCAUGGAUUUGCAGAGAGAAAAAGAGAGUUAUAAUUCCGGUGACUGCAUGAGGAUGGCCAUUUAAAAGUAGAUUCACUAAUAAGAUCACACCUCAGGUACAAAGUAGUUUGUUUUCACCACGUUAUGGAUAGGCAAAGGUAGGGAGAUGAGAUGAGGUAAAGGGGUCGAGGGGAUGGGAGAAAGGAAGAAGCAGAAGUCAUCUGAUGUUAAGAUGCAGGAAUCCAGGGUGUGACGUUCAAGGUGAGGGCAGUAUCUCUGGAAUCUUUAGAUCUGUGUCCCCCUGCAGUGAGAUUGCAGAGAAGAAGAAAGUCCAGAGAGGGCAGGCAAGGAGGGGGCCAAGGAGACGUUAGACACACUUAUAUAGGGAGGCGUGGGAGAUUGGAUGUUUGAGGUGUGGAUUUGUUCCUGAAUCUAAGUCACAUAACUCCAUGUAAUGGUAAACUACAACUCGUCAGCUUUGCUAGCUACAUUGUGGGAAACCUACUCGGUAAUGUUACAGACACGGGGGUUUAAAUUAGGUGCUUCAAAUGUCUAUGCUAGGUCGCAACAAGAAGCUCAACUGUCAGGUUGCCCUUCUUGUCAGACGUUAACUCCUUGUGGCUUGUCUCACUCUUACGACUAGUGUGAACUCACCAGAAGACAUGGACCUCUUUUAGCCUGUGGCAAAGUGUUUGUAUAUUAGGACUGUGUGAAUAUGGAAUGUCUAUUUUAUUUCCCAUAAUGCUAGUAUCAUUUACAAGUCGUAGGCGAUGCAAUCAUCCUUAAGAAACGAUUGCUUGACUCUAAUUCUGAUUUCCGAACAAGUGUCCAUUUUGAUGAGAAGCCUUGCCUCUCUCUCUCCCUCUCUCUCUCUCUCUGCUUGGUUUGAGUGUCCAUAUAUAUAUUUUUUUUCCUUGGAGAGACGGAGAAAAAAAGGAAACGUCUAUAAAUAUAUGCUAUAUAUUUGUGAGAAUAACUUUAAUAAUAUCACGUACAAUGCUCGAAGUAAUUGAAACGUGUUUGGAACCAGUAACAUUCAUCCACACGUUUUCGUUUCCGCUGUUUUCUGCCAGAGGUUCUAGAAGGUUUUUCGACAAAUGAAGGACACCUCGGUGCUCUGGCAGCAUGGCGCCGCCAUCGUGCGUGAUUUGCUAACAUUGGAAGAAGUCCCGUUUUGGAAAACUGUUCAAACUAUUCAUAUCCACUGAUGAUAAGGUACAGUAAAGGACAUGAAAGAAAAUGUGGAAUUAAAAACAAAAAAACAAAAACAAUACAUUUACAAAUCUUGAAAAAGUGCUACGUGAUUGUAACAAUAUUACAAAGCAUUUACAUCAGCUGUUGAAGAAAAAAAAGUUGCAGAGCUUUAACGUGCACCAUUAAUAUACAGAAACCAUUUCAAUUAGCAGAUGCUUGUGGUCCAACCAGUUAUUUACACAACGCCAUCCAUCACUCAGCUAGAAUAAACAAUAAUCAAUACACUAUGUUUGUAGCCGGUAAAUGUCUUUUAAGUUGUAUAAGCUAUGACUGCUAUUUAUUGUUUAUUUAUUAUUUUUGUACCUUAUGAUUAAUCUUAUUCUUGCCAUUUGAUUGUGUUCCACCAUGUGCAUUGAAUCUAUUAAGUGCCCAUUACAUGUCUUCUUUUUUUUAAUAUACAUUUUCUGUAUUAGGCUGAAUCAAAAAUAUGAUUGUUGUUGUGAGUGGACAAAUCAGUGUUCGAAUGUUUAUACUUUGUUUGUGACUACUUACAGACGAACCCAGUUUUUGUUUGGUCUUAGCCAUUGGUGUCAUUGCUGAAGGAUAACACAAGGUAGUUUUUUUUUUAAAAAAACAGCGUGAGUGCAUGUUCAUGGAGUCCCAUUUGUGCUGAAUGUCCGUCUGUUUAAUGAUUGUUAGAAGUUUAUUUCCGUCUGCUGGAUCUCGGAGAAAAACUCAUAAAGAAUGAGCUGGGAAGAAGAUUUUUUGCAUUUCUUGGCGCGAUUGAUUGUUUCCACAAAAUCUGUCAAUGUUUGUUAUAGUAAUCUGGGCCUUAAUGUCGGUAGUACAAAUGAAUGUUGUUUCAAAGUUGAUAUGAUGGAUGCCUUCACAGUAAUCUUGAUUUGAACCAUUUUGCCAACAUAAAACAAGAAAGCAUCAGCUACUAACCCUUUGGAACAGUUUAUUACAGAUGAGUGGAAGUUUGGAUCAAAGCUCUUAAUGAUCAUAUUUUCAGUUUUUUUACAGUGUCACUUGCCUGCUCGUUCUCUCUGUCUCUGUAAUUACCCCCUGCCAUGUCGUCUCACUGUUAUGGGCUAUCUCUUAAUAUUCACACACACCCAAAACUAAAAUAAAACAAUGAUUCCUAAA